AUGAUUUAUCCUCAAAUUAUCAGACAGCUCCAGGUUGGCGGACCAAACUUUCUCGACUGGUACGGCGACGGGCCAUUCAACCGCGUAUUGACUUCGUUGGACGAACAGUACUGCGACAAGAGCUAUAUCCCACCAUGCACCCACGAAGUCUGCGAUGGCGACCCGACAGAACAGAGCGACACUGGAGGUGCUCACUGUGGAGGGGUACCGAAGACGAAUGUCAUCAGCAUUAGCUACGGAGAGAUGGAAGCUUAUCUUCUGCCCAAGUAUCAGAAGCGACAAUGCAGCGAAUGGAUGAAGCUCGCACUCCAAGGAACAAGCGUUGUUUUCUCGUCGGGAGAUUCUGGAGUUGCAGCUGAUCCUGGCUUCUGCCUCUCAGCGGAUGGAACGCCUUCCAUAUACGGCAAUGUGUUCGCCCCCUCUUUUCCGGCCAACUGCCCUUGGGCCACCACUGUCGGUGCAACGACGCUCAAAGGAGAUUCCCUGGACGAUGGUGAGAGAGCUAUUACUGGUUUCCAGUCUGGUGGAGGCUUUUCCAACGUUUUUCACCAACCCGAGUACCAAAAAACAGCGGUCGACCCUUACCUCCAGAACCACGCUCCCGCUUAUUGGAAAGACACCUACAACCGCACUGGCCGAGGCUAUCCAGAUGUUUCCGCGGUCGGCUUCAACAUUGCGACAAUCUUGUUGGGCAAACUCGUGCCGGCAGAGGGCACCUCAGCUUCUGCACCUAUCUUUGCUUCGCUUCUCAACUUGAUCAACGAGGAAAGACUACGGGCCAACAAGACCGCCGUCGGCUUUGUCAAUCCCGUUAUUUACAAGCAUCCUGAAAUGUUCAACGACAUUACUGAGGGCUCCAAUCCCGGCUGUGGCACCAAUGGCUUUCCAGCCACGGAGGGCCUGGGAACUCCGACCUAUGAGAAGAUGAAAGAGGUUUUCAUGAGCCUUCCUUGA